AUGGCAUUUUUCAAGAGCUUUCAGCAAAGCGUAGGCCUUCCAUCUAUGUCUUCUAUUGGAGACACUCUCAGUAAUGCUCUCAGUAAUGCUGUUGAUGGCUUGGCAAGUGCUGUUGAAGGAGUUAGUUAUACUGUGGCAGAUUCAGUCACUGAACAGGUUACGAGUAUGAUACAAGGGUUACGCACAGAGGAUGAGGAAAGUUAUAUGACUCAGGCUAAUAAAAUGAAACAAAAUCCUCUAGAUACAACGCAGUGCUAUAAUGGAACCAACUCUAGUCCUUCACCAAUGGAUACUAAUAGAGCUGAGUCUACUUUAAAUGCUUAUCAAACACCAUCUGAUUAUAACACGAAUGAAGGAAAAUCAAACUAUGAUGGCAGUUCCCGUAGACCUCAUUGUAACCCUGAAUCCAAUGAUAUUUAUAUUGGUAAAGACUCAGAGUCAGAAGGAAGAGGUCAGGUGAGUUAUUCAUAUCAAACUAAGGAAGAAUGUGAGCAAGUAGAUGGAAAUCAGAAUGGGGAUUACUGUAAUUACAUGGAUGAACAUGGACAAAGGUUCUCAGAAGGAAAACAGAAAAAAGGGAGAUCGAAACAUUUACAUCAAAAAUCUACAAACGAUCAAGGACAAGCACGUAAAAAUACAGAUGAGGUAACUGAUAAUUCUAUAAGAAGAAAUAGACACAGGUCAUCUAGACACAACAGUGACUUAGAACCCUCUCCUCAGCCUGCUAGAGGGGAGAAAGGAGACCGCAGACAAGAGAAGGUUAAUCAAGUUCAUCAGGCAAAUACUAAAUCAUCUAGGAAGCCCAGAGGCCACUGUGAGGAUCCCAGAAAAGCACAUGAAACCAGUCUAGUUAAUAGCAGCAAAGACGGCACAUUUAGGGAGAAACAUCGUCACAGGGCAAAGGAAAGGCCUUCAGAGCAUUCGGAAGACUCAAUAAAGAAAGCACCAAGGAAAGGCCGAGACUUGCAUGGCUCAUCAUCAGAGAGUGAAGAUGAAGGCCUUGGUAAAUAUCAUGAAGCAAUGAGCCGGCUUCAUGGAUCUCGUCCUGCCUCUGACAAGCAGCAGAAUUACACAUGGGAAACCAGACAAAAGUAUAGCCCACUGUCUGCAGAGUACGAUGGCUACAGCAGUGAGGUCUCUGCAGAUGAAGCUAACAGUAUCCAGAGAAUGAGGAGGACGCCUCCACUAGAUGAACUGCAGCCUCCGCCUUACCAAGAUGACAGUGGAUCUCCUCGCCUCUCCUGUACACCCUCUGAACUUGGGGACAGUAAAUGUGAACUGUCACAUGGUAGCAAUAGUCCCAGAUACUCGUAUAACAAAUGUCCCAGUGAGGGCAGCAUGGGACAUGAAAUAGAAAGCUUCCAGAACAAGGUUUACGAGGAAGAUGCCCCAAGUGAUAGCACGGCAGUUCUAAGCCCAGAGGAUUUGUCAGCCAGAGGAUCAUCUUCACAGCUUCCUAAGUCUUUUGAUCGAGAGCCAGUAGCUAAAUAUGGCACAUUGGAUGUAACUUUUGACUAUGAUUCACAAGAGCAGAAACUUCUUGUCACAGUGACAGCUGUCACCGACCUGCCCACAUACAACAGGACUGGGAAUAGUAACUCCUGGCAGGUCCAUCUUGUUCUGCUACCCAUGAAAAAGCAGAGAGCCAAAACAGGGAUUCAGAGGGGGCCUUGCCCAGUCUUCACGGAGACCUUCAAGUUCAAUCACAUAGAAUCGGAAAUGAUUGCAAACUAUGCCGUCCGGUUUAGACUGUACCUUGUACGUCGUAUGAAAAAGGAGAGGAUUGUCGGGGAAAAGGUUUUCUAUUUAACAAAGCUGAACCUUCAAGGAAAGCUUUCUGUUCCAGUGGUGCUUGAACCCGCAUACAGUCUAUCGGGCUGUGAUUCCCAGAUGAGUAUGUCAGAAGUGUCAUGUAUGGAAAGCUCUUCCUCCUGUCAAUCACUGGUCCACAACGCUGCUCCUGAAAUCCUCAUCGGCCUGCUUUAUAACGCCACCACGGGCAGACUUUCUGCAGAAGUGAUAAAAGGCAGCCACUUCAAAAACCUGUCAGGCAACAGACCUCCCAAUACCUACGUAAAGCUAACACUGCUGAAUUCCAUGGGCCAGGAAAUGUCGAAAUGUAAGACAUCGACGCGAAGAGGCCAGCCCAACCCCCUGUACAAAGAAACCUUUAUUUUCCAAGUAGCCCUGUUUCAGCUGUCGGACGUGACUCUCAUAUUGUCUGUCUAUAACAAGCGCAGCAUGAAGCGCAAAGAGAUGAUAGGUUGGAUAUCCCUAGGUUUGAACAGCUCAGGCGAUGAAGAGCUCAGUCAUUGGACUGAAAUGAAAGAGUCAAAAGGACAGCAAGUAUGUAGAUGGCACACGCUGCUUGAAUCCUAA